UUCUAAGUGAAAGUGAAAGUAUCUAGCUCCCAAUUUCACGAGACUAUACUCAACUGUCGACUGCAAAAAGUAGAAGAAUUAAGAUAACCAGCCAGAUGUGAACGGGUUAUCGUCAGCUUUCCAUACACUGGGUGAGAGACCACACUCCACUGUUGAUUGCAAAAAGUUGAAGAAUUAAGGAGACUGGAGUUAAAGAAACAACGGUGACCAAACACCAUCACACCAUGGAAAACGACACGUACGAUUAUCUUACGUAUCCUGACGAUGACUAUUACCUCCCUGACUCAGAGGAUAUUGCAGUGUCAGUGCUUCUUCUGCUUGGUAUUUGCCUCCCUGCCCUUGGUUGGAUUAUCAUCCUGUCUGUCUUUCGCAAACGCUGGGAAAGAAAACAUGUCACAGCCUUUCUUGUGUCCCUUCUCAUCGCUGACACUCUGCAGCUGAUCGCUUCCCCUUUCAUUGUGGAAACUGUGCUAACCGGGGUUCCCUGUUGGCAUGCUAGUUGGUGGUGCACUACAGUAUACAUACUGUUUUCAGUGUCAAGAUUCUGCGGCCUGCUUUUUCACCUGCUAGUUGCUCUGGACAAGAUCUAUCAAAACUUUUUUUUCAGUUGCAUCGCAUGGUGCUUCGUGUACGUUUUUGCGUGUCCCGUCUACAUUGGCUUUACAAUUUUUGUAAAUGUGUAUCCUAUUAAUGACUUAUAUUUCUAUGGUUGGAAUACUUUCUUUGGCGUGGUUGCUUUGAUCUUAGCAGCUGCAGCAUGUGUGAGAGCCCUCAAACCCGUGCCAACAUUGAACCCAACUAAAGAUAAAUGUCAGAGUUUGAAGGUAUUAGCAGUGGCCAUGUUUACUUUUAUGAUACUCUAUGUUCCUGAGUUCCUCUACUGGAUAAUACAACACCACAGACCUGCUGGGACGGAGUGGUUUAGUUAUGUUGUCCACUAUCUGCCGUGCCUGAGAUCCAUAACUGACUGUGUCCUGUGUUGGUUUGUCUGUGUAGACGGGGAGCGUCCUAGAGAGCAGCAACCGCCAGAUGUAGAACUCAAUUCACCUAUCCUCGAUUCCUCUCAUUCUGUCACCUCGCCUUCUAAAAACACAUUGGAGGAGAAGGACCAUGGAGAGGGACCUCCAAUACGGGAGGAUGCGAGGAAUCAAGGAAAGGUACAUUGAGAUAAAGCUCAGUACUGAGGGCUAAUAAUCAUAUAUAUAUAUUUUUUUAUUUAACUAAGCAAGUCAGUUAAGAACAAAUUCUUAUUUACAAUGACGGCCUACACCGGCCAAACUC